CCAACACCUACUAAUGUCAAAUCGUUAUUCGAUCUCGGAGAUUUCGGCGUUUAUUGUUGUGAUCAUCAAUAAAUUUCUUUAAAAUGUAAAAAUAGUGUUUUACAUUAUAAAAUUUAAUAAAUACUAACACGAAUGUUAUAUAUAGUGCCGCAUCUUGAAUAAGUCAUAAUGCCUCCAGUAAUUUCUAGGAAUAAGAAGAAUGGCGCUGAAUAUGAGAAUGUAUUAAACAAUAAAUGCAAUGUUCUUGACUUUGAAAAAUACAUACAAGAGAAUAAAACAUUAUUAUUAAAUGAUCCAUUAAGAGAUAUUCUACUUUACCCAACAGAUGAUGUUUCUAGUGUUGUGCUUCCCCGUCGCUGGAGAACUGUGACGACAGCGGUGCCUGAUGUGAGAACGGCUGCCACUUGCCCUUUGCUUACAAGACAGGCGUUGCUAAGCUAUGCCUCUAGUUGGAAUCUUGUGCAUUACAAAUAUAGCAACUAUUCCGGCUCUUAUCUGAAUUUGCCUAGACCAAUCGGCAAUAAAUUGACUGAGGAAGUUUAUGACAUAGAUACAGAAACAGAUUAUGAAAAUGAAGCUCAAACUAAGGUUGAUAUUGGAACAAAAGAAGGUUACUUGCUCAAAGGACCAGAAAUCGGCUCAGAUAGGAUAUUUAGCAAUCUUGCUUCUAAAUCAUUUAAGAAGCGAUACUGCUCAAUGGUUCGGGAAGCCGACGGCGCCUAUAUCCUCGAAGUGUAUAAGGAUGAAAAGAAAACAGACACCAAGCUCACUAUCGUUAUGGAUUUCUGCUCGGAUGUUGUUAAGAACACAAAGCGCGGGAAAUAUUGUUUCGAAUUGCGCAUGUCUGGCAACAAAGGAUACACGUUCGCAACUGAAAAUGAAGAGGAUAUGAACGAUUGGAUAAAUGCAUUCAUAGCGGCUCUGAAAAAGAACCAGGAUCAAGACGGUCCACAAUCAGACGAAGUGCUGGACAAAGAUGCAGACAUAUCUCUCACCGCGGAGCCGCCUCCUCCAACGUACGGCACUCUGAAGGGUCUCGAACACAGCAUGAAUCCACUUCUGAUGCGAUAUUCACGUGAAACAGACUUAUCGAUAGCAGCAGCGCGUAAUGAUUGUCGUUCUAACAUCUUCUUUUUACCUUAUAAACAAGCACCCUCGCCGGAACCGCAAUUGGAACCAUUCAAAGAACAUUUUGGCCAAAGAAUUUUGCUCAAAUGUGAAAGCUUAAAGUUUAGAUUACAAGCGCCAAUAGAUGGCGACAAAGAACUGUUAUGCCAAGUCGAGCCAUACUACACACACCUCGCUCUCUACGACGCCCGCAGUGGCAAGAAAGUUACGGAAAAUUUUCAUUUUGACGUGAAUCACGCCGCCGUAAAGGAUCUAGUCAAAGAUAAUGAGUGCACAAAGUCAUUAGUAGAAAAUUUUAGCUACGAUGUUAAGUUAGACGUUAAACAGAUAUCGGAAGAAUGGUUCCGAUCAAAGAGACAGGUUGUGUUGUCAGUAAACAAUCCUCAUCCAGAUCUAUUUGUAGUAGUAAAAAUCGACAAAAUUCUUCAAGGACACGUCAACCAGGUUCUCGAGCCUUAUAUGAAGGCAACAAAGGAUCCUCGCUUAGGGCUCAAAGUCCACAAAACUAUACAAGCUUAUGCCAACCGAGUGGGAAGUUAUCGAAUGCCAUUUGCUUGGGCUGCCAAACCUUUAUUCAAAUUAUACAGCAACGAUUUGGACACUACACCAGAAUUCCCAGCAAUUUAUCGCCAAGAACCGAAUAAGAUGUCAGACGAGGACAUACUCAAAAUCUUAUCUGAUUACCGUAAACCGGAAAAAUUGGCGAAACUCACCGUCAUACCGGGAUGGCUGAGUAUUAAUAUACAGCAGUGUGUAGAACAAAUACCAAAUUGUAUGACUAGCUCCUAUGCAGCCUUAAAGCCGUUUCCGCUGCCACCUCCAUCGCCCCUAACUUUGGAAUUGGCUACGUUGAACUUAGAACCAGAACAACCUUACGCAGCGUUCCUACACCAUUUGUAUGUCCGACCGCUCUCGUUAAACUUUGAGUCGCAGAAGAUGUUCGUUAGAGCUAGGAACAUCGCCUGCUCUAUAGAGCUCAAGGAAAACGACUCAGGCGAUGUUAAGCCAUUGCAGGUUAUAUACGGGCGUACGGGUAUGACGUCACAAUACCGUUGCUCAGUAUUGCAUCACAAUGCAAAUCCUAAUUGGUGCGAUGAAGCUAAAAUAAGACUACCGACUACCAUUACACCAUCACACCACUUGCUGUUCACCUUCCACCACAUUUCCUGUGAUCUUGCAAAGAAGAACGAUACGAAUGUCGAAAUUUGUAUAGGGUAUGCGUGGGUCCCGUUGCUGAAAAAUGACAAAUUCAUUGAUGAAUUUGUGAGUUUACCAAUAGCUACCCAUUUACCAUCUGGAUAUUUGUCAAUACAACCACUCGGUCUCGGCAGAGGGAAUACGGGUCCAGAAGUAGUUUGGGUCGAAGGAGAGAAACCGCUCUUCCGUUGCCAACUAGUCCUGGACUCAACGGUCGCCACUCGGGACGUCCACUUACAUAAUCUAUUCUCACAAAUCGAACGCCUGAUAAAAACCAGCUCUCCCCCCACCUCCCCGACGCCCCCGCCGUGGCACGACGUGUGCAACGCACUCAAAACUGCGCACGCGAUUAAUCUGAGUUCUUUGAUUGCGUUCCUACCAACAAUAUUAAAUCAGCUCUUUGACCUCAUGACGAUUGAAAAGGGUUACUCGCACGAUAUGGGCUUCCAAGUGGUUAAAUUGAUUGUACAUUUUGUACAUUUAUUACAUGACUGUGGGAGGAAAGAUCUUCUGGACAGUUAUGUGAAGUAUGUCUUCAACUGCGUGGAAUUCAAAUUACACACUGUGUUGACAGCCCCCUUGCAUAUGUUCGUCGAUCCCAAUCAGCAGGACUUUCUGAUGUGUCAUAAGUUUAUGCAGUAUUCCAAUUUUUUCUUCGACAUAAUUAUUAAGAGCAUGGCGCAAUAUUUAAUAAAUACAGGAAGGAUUAAGAUGUCUCGAAACGAACGGUUUCACAGUGACUUACUAGAAAAUAUUGAUAAAUUGGUAACUGCCGUCGAGCCUUCGCAUAUUUUGCAACAGCCAAUGCAGACUCAUAUAUUCAACAAAAAUUUGGCUGUUUUUUUAAAAUCUUGUCUCUCGUUUAUGGAUCGAGGGUUUAUAUUCCGCCAAGUGAAGAAAUAUUUAGAAAAAUUUAAAACAUGUGACCCAAAGGCAUUGUUUGAUUUUAAAUUCACAUUUUUGCAAACUAUUUGCUCGCACGAACACUACGUUCCUUUCAACUUGCCGUUACAAGCCAACAAGCUAGCCAAAGAUUCAGAUGAAGAACCAUCAAGAUUGAGAUUGACUGACGAAUUUGUAAUGAGACACUUUCUCGCCGGAGUCCUUUUGAAACAGGUGGAGCAGUCGCUGCGAGAGGCGCCGCAGAAGCGUCGCUGCGCGCUGGGCGUGCUGCGCGCGCUGCUGGCCAAGCACGAGCACGACGAGCGCUACCGCACGCGACAGGCGCGCGCGCGCCUCGCGCAGCUCUACGCGCCCUGGCUCGCCGUCGUGCUCGACAACGCUCAUCGUCUCGUCACUAAGACGCUCGCGAGUCCCGUCCUGGAGAAUGGUCUCGACAGAGUGGACGGGGACGCAACCGGUACUUCUGCGCUCAACAGCACGCAGAAGGAGGUCGCAUCCGCUAAUAGUACUCCGCGGAGGAACAGACUGACGUUGCAUUUCGAUCACACGCCUGUCCGCAAUUCCGCACACUUCAAGGAUCCUCCGAAUAUCAGCAGCAACAUGUACGGCAAAGAUAACGCAAAUAACAUGUCGCAAAGCUCUUUAGAGUCGGUCUCGACGAUGUCCGGUGGGGACUCGUUGCCGCGGAACGCUCGGUUAGAUUUGAGUGAAAUUGGGGAUCAAGUUAACAGAUUUGGUGUGAUGUCCGCGGAGGAGGUGCGCGAUGUGCUUUUGUGUUUCCUAUUUGUUUUGAAAUAUUUGGAUGAAGACAGACUAGUUGAGUGGUGGAGGACUCAUUCGCCGGCGCAACAACAAUCAUUUUUCAAUGUUUUAGAAAUAUGUGCAGAACAGUUUCAAUAUAUAGGUAGGAAAAAAAUCCUAUCAGAACUACGUGUGCCAUCACCGGACUGCAACGGCAAGCCGAAACCAAUGAAAGCCAGAACUUUACCCGCUAGAAUGAGUCCACCAGACUUCUCGAAGGAACCGCCGAUUAUUGUUGAGAAGAACAAUACUGUUAACAGGGAAAAUCUAGUCAAUACUUCGGUUACAAAUGAGUUAGAGACGAUGUCAGAAUACACAGUACUGUCCGCCGGUUGUUUGGCCACAGAAGUAGGAAUGACUAUCAUAGAUAGAGCUUGUUUAUUCAUGCGGAAUUUGGGUCCGGCGGACGGAGCCGCAGCUAGACCCUAUCUGAAACUAUUGCAGUACCCACAGAGCGAAACUCUAUAUAAACAUCUCUUUGCGGCUUUAAGAGCUUAUAUUAAUCAAUACUCUGAAACACUUUUUGAAGGCGGCAGCGCGCUGUGCGGCGGCUGCGUGCGCGCCGUGGUGGCGCUGUGCGCGGCGCGCGCGGCGUGGCUGCGGCGCGAGGCGGCGGCCGCGCUCUACCUGCUCAUGCGCGCCAACUUCCAGCACAAGGACGUCGGCAACCUCACGCGCGUGCAUCUGCAGGUCAUUAUCGCUGUGUCGAAACUGCAGGAUAGUUCGACGUCACUCAACUGUAAACGUUUUCAAGAAUCACUCUCGGUCAUAAAUUGUUUCGCUACUGGCGAUAAGGCUAUGAAGGGAACAGGUUUGUCGAGCGAAGUAGCGGAGUUGAUGCGUCGCGUCCGCACAGUGGUGGGAGCGCGCGCGCGCCUCGCGGGAGUCGGCGGUUCAGCUGGUGCAGGCGCGGGCAGCGUGCACCUGGCCGAGCUGCAGCACGCGCUGGCCGCGUCGUGCCGCGCCACGCCGCGCCUGCGACACGCCUGGCUCGCCACGCUCGCCGAGCACAACGCUCGCCACGCCGACCACGACGAGGCGAUGUGUUGCCAGCUUCACAUAGCUGCGCUUAUAGCCGAGUAUCUGAAGCAACGUGGAACCCAAACUUGGGGCGCAGAAGUCUUCGAUGGGUUGUCGAAGAACAUUCCGAGAGAUGAGACGGGCAUUAAGAUAGAUGAAGGUAUGACAGACGUCCAUUAUAACGAACAAUCACUCCUGGAUCAACUGAUGUUGUGUACAGAGUACGUUGAUAAAGCAGAGCGAUAUGAACUUCUAGGACCCUUGUACCGACUUGUGAUUCCGAUAUACGAGCGAAGGAAGGAUUAUCAAGCGCUCCUCACAUGCUACCAACAUCUUACCAAAGCUUACGCUAAAGUCAUCGAAGUCACCAAUUCGGGGAAAAGACUUCUGGGUAGAUUCUAUCGAGUGGCCUUUUUCGGAAAAGCCCACUUCGGCGAUGACGAAGAGGGCAUAGAGUUUAUUUACAAGGAACCAAAGUUGACUUCACUGAGCGAAAUCUCAGAAAAACUUCAAAAUUUCUACGAGCAAAAAUUCGGCGCUGACUGCGUCAAAAUGAUAAUGGAUUCGGCGCCGGUGAACCGCGAUGAGUUAGAUAGCAAGCUGGCGUACAUCCAAGUCACGUGGGUGCGCGUGUCGCCCGAAGGAAUGUCAGCCACACACUCGGCAGGAGAAGGUUCUUUCGACCGGGUCCAUAACGUGAGACGUUUCGUCUUCGAGACUCCCUUCACCAGAGACGGAGCUGCACGUGGGCCCGUACAUCAUCAAAGACUACGGCUUACCCAUCUCACUGCUGACAGUUGGUUCCCGUAUGUAAAGCGUCGAGUGCCGGUUAUCGAAACCCAAGUGGAAGAGAAAAGUCCCAUAGAAGUCGCGGUUUCCGAGAUGGAAAGUCAGGUGGGCGAGCUAGCGGAAAUCGUCAACGCUAAAGCGCCAGAUAUCAAGAAACUGCAACUCAGAUUACAAGGCAGCAUAUGCGUUCAAGUAAAUGCUGGUCCAUUGGCAUAUGCGAAUGCGUUCCUAGACCCAACGUUAGCUCCGAUGUAUCCAGAUGAUAUGGUCGACAAAUUAAAGGCUAUAUUUAAGGAAUUCCUGACAAUUUGCCACGCGGCUCUGCAGUUGAAUGCAAAAUUAAUAAGCUCCGACCAGGUGACGUACCAGGAGGCUCUCGAAUCAAACUACUAUAAGCUAAGCGACUCUCUCUCCAGCAUGCUGGGCCAGCCCCUGCAGGACAUUCUCGUCAAUGGAAACCUCAGUACUACUGUCACUGGGGUCGAACUCGAUUCAAGCAAUGCUUAAAAUAUUAAACUUCUAGCGAUAUAUAUAUUGCCGAUUUAAGUAUAAAAAAUUGAACUAAUUUACGAACGAGUCCAGGCAUUUUUGCCAAUUAUCGAAUCAUGAAAAUAUAAUUUAGCCAAAUAUAUCUUAACCAUACUUGGAAAAUAAUAUAACUCGGUAAAAUAUGUACGGCUAUCAUAAUAUAGAAAUAGGUCCAUACGACUUUCUAUACAUUUUUUAAAUUAUGAUAGUUCGUAAUAAAUUAAACGUCUUUAACAGUACGUGAUAUUAACGUACAAUUUUGCUCUUUACUUUUUUGCGUAUUACCAAAAAAUAUAUCUCCUGUAGAGUCAUAAAUGUUCUUUAAUUUAUUUAGGCCUAUAAAUUAUCAAGCGUAUUUGAAAUUGCUAUCAAGACAUUUUAUUAAAUAAAGGUCUGCAUAUAAUCUCAUUUUUAUAAAAGGUAAUUUUUCGAUAAACUUUUAGCUAGGAUUUCUAUAACUCUAAAUGAUAUCUCUAAGAUUGCUCUUUAGUUUUGUAGCCAGUUAGUUAGCAAUCGUUAAGAGUAUUGUUCAAUUAUAAUAUAAUUAUAAUCUCAAAAUUAAUUUCUAUAUUAAAUAUUCAUACAAAAUACGAAUCUUAAUACUUACUAAAUUAAAUUUAUAUUGAUUUUUUUAUAGGCGAAUUACCAUGAAAA